AUGUUCACACAUAAUGGAAGUUCAUUUAAUGAUAAUUCAGAUAUGGAUAGUUACUCUCAUUCUGAAAAUAGUCAAUAUGAAUAUAAUAAAAAUUUGAAAAAGAGAGACAAACCCUCAGUAAAAAACUCACUAAGUAACUUAAAGUUUGCCAUAAAUAUUAGAGAAAAUAAGAACCUCCAAAGUACAAAAUUUCAGCUACCAGCUGUAAUUUGUGGUGUAAAUAAUAAUUUAUAUAGGAUGAAUGGUAAUAAUGAACAGUACACAGUUGAUAUAAACGAUAAUGUGGAGGAAAAUAUUUUAACGAUAUUACCACUUCUAUAUAAAAAUAGCCUAAAAUUAAGUCCAUUUAAUAAAUUGAAGUAA